AUGAUGCCAAGGAGCCACACAGAUCCGGAACCGCUCGUCGGCUAUUGUCAGAGCGGCGCUUUCAAACGAUGGGCUUUCUUCGUCACCUUCCUGGUCCGCUUCAAGAAGCCCUCACCUCAUCUGAUCCAGUCGAUUUUUCUCAACGAUCCCGGCCAACUUGCGAACGAGAUCGAGACCUCCCCGCUACCGGAUGGACCCAACUUCGCAGACGAGCAACGGAGGUCUCUGCUACACGCGGCCGCUUUCUGUGGCAACGUAUACAUCACCCGCUACCUCCUCGAAAAGGGAGCGCGGGUUAAUGCGAAGGACGUGUCCUGGAUAACUCCACUCCACCGAGUGUGUUGUCGCGAGGAACUCCCCGGAAGCCGACGCGAUGAAGAAGUCGUCAAACACGACCUAGGCUUCGAGUUGGACAAACCGUCCCCCCCGAAUCAGAGGAUUCCUCCCGGGGGAGGGCUGUCCACCGACGAACCCGUCCCACAUAUGACUAUCAGCCAUUUUCCAAAUGGAACGACAGACAUCAGUGGUAACUCCAUAGUCGAAAAUGUUUCUCCCAUCGGCGAGAGCCAAUUCUUUUCGAACGGGUCCGAUUGGAUGAAAACCGACAACUCCUCUCGGAACGAGAACUCAAUCGGACUUGUGAGAUGCAAUUCGCACAGCUUUCAAGGGAAUACGUCUGCAAAAGAUCAAGCGCUCAGCCUAAAUUCUUUUAUCGAGGACGAGGAAGAUUGGGGUCCAAACUACGGCGAGACUUGCACCGUUCUUUUAGAAGCGGGUGCCGAUGUCAGCGCUCGGGAUAAACUCUGGCAGACACCUCUGCACGUCGCAGCGGCAAACAAUGCGCUCACGUGCGCUGAAGCGAUUCUGGCGCACCAAGAGAAAAAGCAAAACACCGCUCACAAUUUCAACUUCCUCGACAUAUCAGACAAAUUCAAUCGUACCAGUCUCCAUCAUGCCGUUUUCAACGGCCACGUCCAAAUGGCUCAACUUCUACUUGAACACGGAGCAAACCCGGACAUCCUCGAUAAGAAACAGAGAAGACCCGCACACUACGCCGCAUUUUUAGGACACGAAGAGAUGCUCAAGCUUCUCGUGCAUUACGGUGCGCAGCUGGAGGUUUUCGAUCAGGACCGUCUGACUCCUCUGCACGCGGCCUGUGCCGGCGGCCGAGUGAACGCGUUACAACGGUUGCUCUCUAUGGGAGCGCGAUUAGACGUCAUUGAUUCCAAAGGAAACACCGGACUGCACAUCUGCUGCUUGAACGGCAAGGCAGAUGUUGCCCAGAGCCUCAUUGCAGCUGAUUGUCCUCUCUCUGCGAAGAAUCUACUCGGUUACACGCCGCUGCAUUACGCGGCUGCGUCCACUCACGGGGGUACCUGCGUCGAAAUUUUGCUAAACAUGGGAGCCCUCGUGAAUGCCAAAAGUGCGUCCGGACGCACCCCUCUACAUAUGAGCGCCAUCCACGGUCGUGUCACCAGAGCCCAGAACCUUAUAAGUGCAGGGGCUCAGCUCAACACGGCAGACAGGCAGGGCCUCACAACCCUCCACAUCGCUGCCAGAUACGGACACGAACUCCUGGUGCAAUGUCUCAUAAACAAGGGCGCCAACGUUGCUGCUACCUCUCGUGACGGGAGCAGCGCGCUUCAUCUGGCUGCCCUGUACGGCCACUAUGCGGUCUGUCACAAGCUGCUGUCAGCUGGAGCCGACGUUCUCGGUAGGGAUAACCAAGGCAGAACUCCGAUCCAUUGCGCUGCGUUUGCGGGAAAUCUGGAGCUUGCGGUGGUUCUAGUUAACGAGUAUCUCAAUAACGUGGGAAACCAGUUUGCGAAGCGAGCUGCAAUCGAUGCCAUCGUCGACAUAAAUGGUCGAACGCCUCUGCAUUACGCCGUAUCGAAUCGAAACCAACACCGCGAUGUCAACUUACUAGUCUACCUCAACCAAGAAUUCCCUCUUGAUGCUGGUCGGCACGAUGUAGAUGGCAGGACGCCUCUGCAUCUUGCAUGUUCCUUGGAGGAUGAUCUCUAUGUUAACUUUUUCUUGGGACUUCUCAAGGCCGAUGAAUGGUGUAAAUUACUCGACAAUAGCGGGGCUGGACCUCUCCACUACGCAGCGUUCGCGGGCAACUGUCAGGCCCUCCAAGCGAUUUUAUCUCAACUGGCGUCCAAAGACAUUCGUGCCAUUUUGGGUACACCACCGAUGUGCCCGACUCAACGUUUAUCUCCAUUGGAACUCGCCGCUAGCCGGGGCCAUCUUCAAUGCUUGCAAUUACUGCUGGAGUUUGCGACCAGAGAAGAUGGCGACCCAUGUCCCGGGAAGCGACCGGACAUGUCGCUCAUCCUUGCGGCCAAGCACAACAGAGAAGCGUGUCUUGUGUAUUUGUUGGACUGCGGUCUCUACGACGUUAACCUUACUGACAAACGCGGUCGCACCGCUUUAAUGUACGCUGCGAUGCGUUCUUCCGGCCAAACUAUCCGGGCUCUCCUCGAGCAAGGCGCAGAAGUCAACAUUCGGGACCACCGUCGGCUGGGAGUUCUCCAUUAUGCUUUCAAUAAUUACGAAGCGACCAAGGAGCUCCUCGAAACGGGAGCACCGAUCCUGACUCGAGUCAAAGUUGCCUGCAAGAGCCCUCUGCAUCUCGCUGCGCUUUCGGGCAACGCGAAAGUUCUGUCUGAUCUUAUCGAUGCCCUGCAAGAGGAUUUCCAAUCAAUCUCAGAUAGUGUCGCGUCCGCGAACGGCCUUCCCUAUGGUGGUAGAACCAUCAUGUCGUUGAGAGAUCCUCAAGGCUAUUCAGCGUUACAUUAUGCCUGCUAUUCCGGAAACCGAGAAUGCGUGGCCCUGCUUCUGAACAAAGCCAAGGAGGAGAUGAGCGAGGACGCCGAGAUGCAGGUCGCUCCGAGAGCUCACUUCACCGAGCUCCAUUGCGCGGCAGGUCACCUCAACGGCGUAUCUCUCCUCGAAUCCAUUCUCCAACUGUUCGGGAUGCAAGCCCUGCACGCCAAAGAUGCUCACGGACGGACGGCCCUUCAUAUAGCUGCCAUACGCGGUGUGCUCCGAAACUGCGACCUGCUCAUUAUCCGAGGGGCCGAUGCGGACGCGAGAGACAACCAGGGUUGCACUCCUCUGAUGCUGGCGGCUCAAUGUGGCCAAUGCACCAUAAUCGAGCAUCUGCUACGUCGCGGUGCCGAUCCUUGUGCUCAGGACUUCGAAGGCAAUAGUCCUCUCCAUCAGGCUUGCAUACAUCAUCAAGAGAGCGUAGUACAAUUAUUGCUGGAAAAUCACGAGUUGGGGAAACUCGUGAACCUUGCUAACCACGAAGGCCGCACCGCCCUACACCUCGCGGCUCGGAACGGCCUAGUCACCGCCACACAGUUGCUCAUUGUCAAAGGUGCUGACGUCGUCGCGAAGGAUAAGUUUGGUCAUACUCCUGCGUUGUGUUGCGCGACAAAUGCUCAGGUUGCUCGAUGCCUUAAACUGAUUCUCGAUGUGUCCCCUUUGGCGUUCUCGGCGUCCGGAGCGUGUCCGGACAUACCCAGUCCGCCUCUCAGUGAGGAGGAGGAGGAGAAUUUCACCCACUGAAGCACUCUUCAGACACAAGUACAACAACUACCGAUAGUAGCUCUUCGUGCAGGAUCGAUGGCGUAGCCAAAAUGGAACCUGAGUUACAAAGUAUUAAAAGGGGCUAAGAAAGAAAACAGCACACACGAAAUGCUUUUCUAGUUAUCGUGA